GAAGAAAUGAUAACCACUAACCAACUUUGGCAGUUGCAAAGGAACACAACGGCCACAAGUUUUGGCGCGUAAUUCGUAGGGACCACAAGUUUUGGCACAAAACACACGCCUCUCUUUCUGUUUCAGUUUCAGUUUCAGUUUCAGAGUCUCAACCCGCAACAUUGCCAUGUAUUCUCGCACCAGAACGUUGCCAUUAUCUCUCAGGCUCAGCACAAGGACUCUGUGCACCCAAUCAGAGAGCUCCACGUCAUCAUCUUCGAGGCCCUUGGCUUCUCACAAUAACCAGUUUGAAUCUUUUCUUAGAUCAAUAGCUUCUGGCGUUGUGCUUCUUGGAACCAGCUUAGGCUAUUGGUAUUCCUCUUCUUCUCCUUCUCUCUACUCAUUCGCCGAUUAUUCACGCGACGAUCAGCUCCAGAAGAAUCAUGAGAACAAAUCCAAGUUCUUGUUCAAUGACAGCUACAGAAGAAGAGUAUUCUUCAACUAUGAAAAACGUAUCCGCUUACAGAGCCCUCCAGAGAAGGUUUUCGAGUACUUUGCAUCCAUCAAAACUGCGAGUGGCGAGGUUUAUAUGACACCUGCAGAUUUGAUGCGUGCUGUUGUUCCGGUGUUCCCUCCUUCGGAAUCAAACCGUGUUAGAGAGGGCUUUCUCAGAGGGGAGCAGGUUCCUGGUACAUUGCGGUGUCAACCCUCUGAAUUCUUUAUGCUCUUUGACACUAACAAUGAUGGAGUCAUUUCUUUUCCAGAGUACAUCUUUUUUGUUACUCUCCUCAGCAUACCAGAAUCCAGCUUCACAGUCGCCUUCAAAAUGUUUGAUCUUAACAAUAAUGGGGAAAUAGACAAAGAGGAAUUCAAGAAAGUGAUGGCUUUGAUGCGAUCUCAAAACAGACAGGGGGCUAGCCACAGGGAUGGACGGCGCCUCGGCAUUAAAAGUUCGGUGGAGGAGGGCGGUAUAUUGGAGUAUUUCUUUGGCAAAGAUGGAAAUACUUGUUUGGAACAUGGAAAAUUUGUUCAGUUCUUAAGAGACUUACAUGUAGAGAUCUUGAAGUUGGAGUUUGCUCACUAUGACUACAACAGAAAAGGAACAAUUUCAGCCAAAGAUUUCGCACUUUCCUUGGUUGCAGCUGCUGAUAUCAAUCAUAUAAACAAACUGUUGGAUAGGGUGGAGGAAAUGAACGAUGAUUCGCACCUCAGAAACAUAAAAAUCACAUUUCAAGAGUUUGAAGCCUUUGCAGAAUUGCGCAAGCAGUUGGAAUUCUUCUCCCUAGCCAUAUUCAGCUAUGGGCAAAUUAGUGGAGAGUUGACAAAAUCUGAUUUUCAGAGAGCAGCAUCACAGGUAUGUGGCAUCACUAUUACAGAUGCAGUUGCUGACAUAAUUUUUCAUGUUUUUGAUGCUAACCGGGAUGGAAACUUGAGUGCUGAUGAGUUUAUUAAAGUUAUACAAAGAAGAGAAAGCAGUGCAGCACGUGAAGGCAUGGGGAGUUUGUUAUCUUGCUUUUGGAACUGUGCAACAAAGCGUUCAUCAACUAAGCUUCAAAGUUAAUGAUGAAUUAAUCUAAUUAAGCAUUGCAAUGAAUUCAACCAUAUGAAGCAACACAGGAUGAAGAUUUAUCAUUCAUCACAUGAUUUUGCUGUGUACUCAGAGAUGUACAGUGUUGAAUUUUCAUUUUUUGUCCAAGAUCUUUCCCUUUGGGAAUUUGUCCUCAUAUGAUCAUUUUUGUACAUACUGAUAAACCAGCUACUUU